AGGUAUAUAAAGCAUAUAUAAAAGAGAUGAUACAUGUAAACGAGAGUUAGUUUACAGUUAACGUUCAUUUCAGUGUUAUCUAAAUAAAAUACUUUAAUUGUGUAAUAAUAAGUGUAUAUUGUAAUAUCAAGAAAAAAUAAUUGUUUAAUAUAUAUAUAUAGGAAAAUAUUUUGCUGCAUUUUUUAGAAAAAAAUGAAUUUAGUAAGUACUGCUGAAGCUACUUUGCAGCUAGCUGCUUUACAAGAACGUUGUAUUCUUGUUGAUUCAUAUGAUAAAUCUAUUGGUGAUGCUACAAAGAAAGAGUGUCAUAUUGUUAAUCCUGAUGGACAAGUUUUACUUCAUCGAGCAUUUAGUGUCUUUUUAUUCAAUGAUAAAGGAGAAUUAUUACUUCAAAAAAGAUCUGCUAAUAAGGUAACAUUUCCAAAUCAUUAUACAAAUACAUGUUGUAGUCAUCCAUUAUUUGAAAUUUCUGGAGAAACUGAAGAACACGAUGCAAUUGGAAUUCGUAGAGCAGCACGAAGAAGACUCAAUUAUGAAUUAGGAAUUCCUCUAUCACAAAUAUCGAUAUCAGAUUUUGUAUAUUUAACUAGAAUUCAUUAUUUUGCAGCAGAAAGUGAAUGGGGUGAACAUGAAAUAGAUUAUGUACUAUUUAUACAAAAAGAUAAUUUAAAAUUAGAUCCAAAUCCAGAUGAAAUUAGUGAACUUUGUUGGAUAUCACAAUCAGAAAUUAACAAUUUUGUAAAAAAUCUUAAUGCUCCAUUAACUCCUUGGUUUAAAUUGAUACUUGAACAUAAAUUGCCAGAAUGGUGGAAUAAUUUGCAUUCGUUAAAAAAAUUACAAGAUCAUAAUACAAUACAAAGAUUUGUAUAAAAUCUUUUAAUUAAAAUCUUUUCAUGAAAUUAAAAUUAAGAAAUUUAAAUUAUAAAUAUUAAAAAUUUUUUUUUUUUCUUUUUUUUUAAACACAAAAUUUAUACAUUAUACAAUUAAAUUUUUUAUGUAGUAAGUUGUAUACUAUAAAUAUAUAUAUAUAUAUAUAUAUAUAUAUAUAUAUAUAUAAUACACUUUAAAUUGAUUUAUUGAUAAAUCAAUGAACAUUGAGUAAAUAUAAAUCAAGAAACAUAAUACAAUUUUGAUAACUUUUGUGAACAAUUACUAUGAAACAAUUUAUGAAUAUUUUUUGUCAUAAAAAAAAAUAAUUUUAUAAAUAUAUAUGAUAAAACAAAUCGUUUUAAGCGUUUAUUUUUUAUAAAAAUAUGUAAAUUAUUUAUUAAAUUAUGUCGCAUCUUUCCUCUACUAACUUGAAAUCUCGAAAUAGAAAAAUUUGGAAUAAAUGUUGUAUGUAUAAUACUAUAUAUAUAUUAUACAAUAUAAAAGAAUAAUAAAAUCUUUAAAAAAAAUAUUUAAUACAAACAAAUUCCAUUUAAAAAUUCCAUACAAAAUGUCUCGUACGCAAAUAAGUAAUUACAUAAGUACGGAAAUAUAACACGUAAGACGAUAAGCAACCCA